UAUUGUUGUUAAGUGUGACAAACUGGCAAAUGCAAUGGGCACCACCCUGGAACAAUGCAAACUGCUUAUAUCAAUGGAAGAGGCGAUGUUUAAAAGUGAGAUAAAGACGGACAGCGAGAGGCUGUCAAGGAAGGUUCGAUUCCGUGUUGCGUCCUCGCACAGCGGGAGGGUGCUGAAGGAGGUGUACACCGACGGGGAGGCUGCUGACUCUCUGGACUCCGAGUACGCCAGUAGCUCGGAGACCGACCAAACCAGCCGGCUGAGCGAAGUGGAGGGGCAGCAGAAUGGACAUGUAGGGUCCGAGUGCGACGAAAAUGAGAACGAGCAGGACGACUUGCUCAUUUUAGUCAGAGCCACUAAAGAGAGGGGGUUUGGUACAAAGCGAGUCAACAUCCUCAGCAAAAAUGGCACAGUCAGGGGAGUCAAGCAUAAAGUCAGCGCUGGUCAAGCCCUCUUUGACAAUUUGGCAAAAGUAUUUCAGGUAUCAACAGUGCUGGAGUUUGGCCGCAUAGUAAUUUAUACUACUAGCCUUCGUGUGGUAAGAACCACUUUUGAAAGAUGUGAACUGGUUAGAAAGAUCUUUCAAAACCACAGAGUCAAAUUUGAAGAAAAAAACAUUGCUCUGAACAGUGAUUAUGGAAAAGAACUAGAUGAAAGAUGCAGGAGGGUCUGUGGAGUUCCCUCGCUCCCUGUUGUGUUUAUCGAUGGCCAUUAUCUUGGGGGUGCUGAGAAAAUUUUACUAAUGAAUGAAUCUGGGGAACUGCAGGAUCUCUUAACCAAAAUUGAGAGAGUCCAGCAUCCCCACGAGUGCCCCUCUUGUGGGGGCUUUGGUUUCCUGCCGUGCUCAGCGUGCCAUGGGAGCAAGAUGUCUGUGUUUCGGAACUGCUUUACGGACUCAUUCAAAGCCCUCAAGUGUACCGCUUGCAAUGAGAAUGGGCUACAGCGCUGCAGGAGCUGUGCAGGCUAAGAAUGGCAUCUCCACAUGUACAAAACUGAUUUUAUGGUACUGCACCAGUUUGUAAUAUGAUUUUUUAAAAU